CUUUUCUCUCCUCACCCUCACACCUUCUCGCCAGACAGCAUCGCCGACGAGGGCGCACAGCACACUUUCUAUUGCCGUCUGGUGUCGCCCGUCAAGAAGCGCCUAGAGAAUUGCUUCUCUCGCCUAUUACUUCACGUUCAUGCGAUUGUCUGGUACAUUUUAUACUGGCUAUCGCGCCGGCUAGCAAUUGUUAUUCUUGCCAUUCUGCUACCACACUCAAGGUGCCAAGGUCGCAGUAGUAUGGAACAAGACCCCACUGCACCGGGUCUAAUGAGGAAGAGGCCGCAAUCUCGAGGCUCGACAGCCUCUGUUACCACGCAACCGGGCCUUGAGCAACCGAACUAUACUGAUGCCGAGGAGAUCUACUCCGCCCAGUGGGUUAACAACGACCAAGGGCAUCCUAAGCCCAUAGCACCAGCACCACGGCUAUCAUCUGAGACCAUGAUGCUGCAAGCCGCAUCGCACAUGCAAAGCAUUCGCGAGUACCCGAUAGCCCCGGCAGCCCAUGGCCACAUCAACCAUUCCGUAUCGUUCAAUCAACAGUCAAUGCCGAGCCAUUCUCAACCUAGCGACAGCAUGGUGACCAACAGCUUUCCAGAGGAUAGCCAAAUGUUGGAUCGGGAUGAUAUGGACGACCGCGAUUCGAUGGCUAGCGGUCCCGCCGUGGUCAAGUCCGCAGCGGCCAAAUCAAGUGCGAAUAAUGAGUUAGAAAUGCGCCAUCUAUUCAACGCGAACAAGCACCGGAACUUGCAGGAAGUGGCGAAGGAGCUGCACGGCAACGAGAGAGGUCCAAAUUCGGAACGGACACGGCAGGUUUUUGCCAUGCUCUGGAUCAACUCAGUAUGCUCCAAGGGAAAGGGCUCGGUUCCUCGAGGUCGCGUGUAUGCCAAUUACGCGUCUCGGUGCGCGACCGAGCGGAUUACCGUGCUUAAUCCGGCGAGUUUCGGCAAGCUUGUCCGCGUUCUAUUCCCUGGCUUGAAGACAAGACGCCUAGGUGUCCGCGGCGAGUCGAAGUACCAUUAUGUGAACUUCCAUCUAGUUGAUGAUCAACCAGAUUUGCGGGAAUCAGAGGUUCCGGUUCCCAUCACAUCAACGGUAUCCAACUUGGCCCGCAGCACAAGCACAGUCCCCAGCAAGACUCCAGGGGCCGGGCCAUCCGAGAAGAGACCGCAGGCGACAACGAGUGCACGUGCGCGACGCAGCCAAAGUCCCAUCGUGCGGCCAAAGAGGCACUCGUCAUCUCACAGCUUUUACAGUGUUCCCGAACUCACAUCUGCCGAUCAGUUGCACACAUCCGCGACUAAGGUUUCUCUAGAACUCAGCUUCCCGUCGGAACAUGAAGACUCCGGGUUUAACAACGCGGAGCCUCUCGCCCUACCUCGCAUCGAACCCUUCUUGCCUGACGGGACGGACCCCGACGCAGCGAAGAGUCUCUCUGCUCUCUAUCGAUCUCACUGCACCUCACUCGUCGAAUGCGUCCGGUUUUGCAAAGAAAAGACACUGUUUCAUCUCUAUACGUCAUUCCAAGGCACUCUCACAAUGCCAGUCCAGAAGCUAUUCAGCCACCCCGACAUCGCGCCUUGGAUUGAGCAAUGUGACUUCGUUUUAUACCAACGCAUGAUGCAGAUCGUGGCGGCGCUCACACUUCAAGUAGUGCCAAAGCCGGUGAUGGAUACUCUACGCAGUAUCUCUGUGAGACUAGUCCCCCAUAUCAGGGAGGCUUUCCAGGGACAACCGCUACAUGUUGCAAGGGCAAAGGAAGCACCCGCCACACUGUUUUCGGCUCUGCUUGACAGGGCACUCAAGGUCAACAUCACAGCCCAUGCGGCGGCGAACAUGCUUUCCAACCCAGCCAACCGGGACCAAAUGUACCUGGAUUGGAUCACUAUGGUGUCGGUUAGGAAAGUGGCCGAAUCAGUACCCACGAGGGCGAUGGACGACUUGGUCAAUCUCAUGGUCUCCCAAAUUCGAGAUCUGGUGGACCCUCAAGACGUGCCGUGGGAGGUGGAAUGCCUGACGGUGUACGGGGAUAUUGCUGCACGGAAAGGGACCCAGACUGAAGGCGCUACAGACUCAUCGACGGAGAACGUGCUGGAUCGAUGGGUUGCAUUGCUCAAGUCGCUUCCGGAGCGAUUCCCGUUCGCACAACCUUCCGACCUCGUUUAUGGAGUCCAGCGGGUCGGAACAGCAGUGAUGAGAGAUCUCACUAUGGCGCAGGGAAAGAGCUUCGGGACCUGGUGGGUGACCAAGUGCUGGCUCGACGAAAUGGUGUCGUUCCUUGCCGAGAAGGGCGGAUUCAUGAAGAUGAAGUCGUCGAGGGACUUGCCAAUAAAGACAACAGAUGAGGUCAAGGAGAACACGACGCGGGGCCAGGGAUCGCGCUAUAGCAGUGGCAGCGACGAUUUCAACUUUUCUAACCUGUCACAAGCACAACCCGACAAGGCUCCCUUCCCAUCAGCACCCUCGAUAACCCAGUCAGAACACGCAGGACUUGGCGGGUCGACGAAUCCGGACGAUAGUGGAAUCGGCAUCCGCACGCCUGACGAGGAGUUUCCCAUGGAAAAAUACACUUUUCCACAGGGCGAUGAUGAUCAGGCGCUCCUACCUGCACCAGCGGUCGAGCAAUAGCGCGGGAUGCUUCUCGGGGAGGUGAGCUUGUGUUGUGUUGUUAAUAUUAUGUGAAGGUGUCAUUGCGCCGCGGCAUGGCGUCAUCACGAAGCUCUUUUGGGGGAGGUCUGGUGCGUUGACCAGAGCUGCUUUUGUAUGC